AAGGAGAACAAGCCUGUAAAGCACUCAAAACCAUUCAUGAAUUCCAAAAGGGUCUUGAUCAAUCAUUAUUAGAUGAAAUGAAGAUCAUGGGGAAAAUGGGCCUACCAACAUAUUUCUUGAAUUCACCUAGAGACUAUGAAGAAGUAAGACCUGUUGGCAUUUAGUGAAUUCCUGAUCUACGAAAAUGAGGAUGUCUUGCCUAUACAAAUUAGUAAAACGAAGUCCAACAAGAAAAGAAAGAAGAAGAAGACAUCCAAGAAAUCUAAUGGUUAUUUUGAAGAUCAAUAUAGUGAGGUUAAUCACCAGGAUAACGGAGAUUACGAAAGUUGUAAAGAAGACUAUUUGAGCACCUGUCUAAUGGAUAAACCUAAUGUCGACGAAUCUAAAGAAGAUGGGUCUAAACAAGAUGAAACUAAAGAAGAUGAAACUGAACAAAAUGAAGUUAAACAAGAUGAAUAUAAAAAAGAUAGCAUUUAUCAUCAAUCUUUACCGUAUUCAAACAGCAGGGAAUGGUCCGAGUUUUGGGGGAAUUAUGGAAACCAGCUUGUUUGGGAAAGAUGGGUAAAGAAGUUUCCGAUUGCCUAUGCAAAUGAUAUCGGUAAUGGCGCCAUGGUGAGUAAUACGAGCACUAAUGUGAAUGCGAGUGGAAAUGGUUGUUCAUUCAGUGAAAAGACAAUUGGUGAUGAGGCACCAAAGUUAACUGCCAUACCAUGUACUGUGGGUGACUUCGGGGAAGACAGCAGUUUUGUCUGCAACUCAACUGCAGUAAAUGAUUCGACCCCUGGGGAAAAUUGUUUCACCUUGGCACCGUCAGAAGAAGUCGAAACAUUUCCUUCUGUCAACAAAGAAGACAAAUUGCAAGACAUUGAUGAAGUAAGUGAAGAUCACUGCUUAUGUUCUAAUAGCAAAGUUGCAUCUACAGCUGAAAAUCAACAAGCUUGCUUUUGUGACACACAGGAUGAGAAUCAACAUCCAGCUGUAAAAGGCAUUGAUGUUGAGCACGAUGGAGUAUUGUCUGCCACUCAAAAUGAGUCCGUCGAUAAUGUAAAUAGCAUUGGAGUUAGUAAUGACGCUUGGAGUAGUGAAUGGAAACAGUUUUGGGAAGAACAUUACUGGGAGACCUAUAAUAUAUAUCUUGAAAAGUACAAUAAUAAUUGUCAAAAGGAUAGAUCUGCAAGACACAUUGAGUUAGAGGAAGACUGCAAGAGAGGUUUGGAAGGGCUUUCUGGUAGUGAUAAAUGUAAUAGUACAAAGCCUGAUUGUGAAGAGGGCAGGUUGCAAAAUUCCAAUUGCAAGAAUAUUAGUCUUGUUGUUGAGUAUAAAGAGAAAGAACAAAUUAGUAAUGACUGCGAAGAAAAUCUACCAGCUGAUCUUUCUCUUGACAAAAAUGCUGAAUGUCUUCUGAAGAGUACGGAGGACGAACAAAUGGCUAAUUGUCUCGCAGAGAGUCGAUGCCAGCCUUGUAACUGUGGAGAAACUGAAGGUAACGAAGGUUCAAACUAUGUUUGCAGCCAUGCAGAAUGUUUGUAUAAAUCUCUCAGUGCCACCGUGGACUUGAUAAAUAGAAAAUGUAUUCUGGAUAUAGAAGAUGGGUUUAUGGAAGUAGCUUUAUCGCAGGGAGAGGUUUUGGAAGGUUUCAUGAACGCUGCUGUUAAAACUUAUAGUUUAGAUAUGACAAGGAAGGGCAGUGAAAAGCUGAUCAAUCAAGAUGCUAGUGUUGAUUUGAAUGGGCAAAUAGAGGGUAGAUCAGUUACUGGGUGUGAGACAGGGAGAAACAAAGUUAAUGGGACAAGCUCUUGUAGCACUCAUAGUAAUACUGAUCGGAAACCUUCAAGCUCUAGAAUACACGUUGGUGUUAAUGGCUGUGAAAAUGGAGGAUCUGAUGACGGAGAUAAUAAUGAACCUAGGAGAACUCGAGCUAUAAAAGGAGGUCACGAACUGGAUGCGGUUCAGUUCAGUGAAAAAAUCAUUAAUGAUGAAGAGGUCGGAAGGGAAGCGGGCACAGAAAUGAAGGGUGAGACUGAUGGCUUGAACGAAUCGCAAAAUAGUGGUAUUGUUAAGCUUCAAGGUUUUGAUUUUCCGCACACGGUCAAUGAGUGCCUGGCAGGCAAUGCUACCGAAGGUGCCAUUGAUGUAAUGAAAACAGAACCCAAAGGAACUGAUUGGGGCAAAACUCCCACACCACCUGAAAACACCGUACAGAAACCCUCUUCAGGAAAAACAAAGAAAAAGAAAAGUAAGAAAAAGAAAGGGAAACAGAAAUUGAAUACAGGAACUGCCCAUUUCUUGGAAAUGUUUAAUGAACUACCAACAAAUCCGGAAGUAAAGGAAGUUAGUGACAAGGAACAGGCUUUUCGAUCAGCGUAUGCUGCUCUAGGGUUUUCAGCUACAGAUCUGACGUUUUCAAACAUUGAAGUUGAGAUUCAUGACAAAAGGAUAAGGACGGGAAGAGGCUGUCAUAUACGAUUUGCUGAAGAUGAUAAUGACACGUUAGAUAAUUCGAAUGAGAUGGGAGAUCCAUGGCCUACUGCAAACUGCGUUGGUUUGAAUGAAGGCGCCAGUUUUGACAAUGGGCAAGAAAAUUGUAGUGACGGUAGGGGCUUGAAAUAUGCGGAAAAGGAUUAUGCGAAUGUUACGAAAGAAGAUGCAGAGGAGAAACCUGCAAAGCAUUCUGAAUGUGCUGAACCAAAAAAGUUGUCGAUAAUUGACCGAAUUAAGAAGUUCUUCAAGAUUCCAACGAUGCAUGGUUCUUCACCUGAUCCUCAGAAAAAUCGCGAAAACGGAAAGAAGCGAAAAAACAAAAACAUUUCUAAUAAUGCUCACUCAGCGAAAAAACUUCGUAAAUUCGAAACACUGCCUGAUGAUAUUCUUCAAGAAUUCGGCACUGAUAUUGAAAAGUACUGGAAUCAGCGUUAUCGCCUGUUUUCGCGUUUUGAUGAAGGCAUAAAGCUCGAUAAGGAAAGUUGGUUUUCAGUGACACCGGAAAAGAUUGCGGAGCAUAUUGCGGAGAGAUGCCGCUGCGAUGUUGUUAUUGAUGCCUUUUGCGGUGCUGGGGGCAAUACUGUUCAACUAGCGUUCACAUGUGAGCGUGUCAUUGCAAUUGAUAUUGACGCAAAGAAGAUUGAAUUGGCAAAACAUAACGCUAGUAUAUACGGUGUUGCUGAUCGCAUUGAAUUCAUCGUAGGCGACUUCCUAAAGCUAGCACCAUACCUAAAGGCUGACGUCGUUUUUCUCUCACCUCCAUGGGGUGGACCGGACUAUCUUAAAGCUAAAGUAUUUAAUCUGAAAACAAUGAUCAUACCAGAUGGCGAGGAAGUAUUUUACCUUGCUAAAUGUAUCACUGACAGUAUCGCCUACUUCCUUCCAAGAAAUGUUGAUGUUGAGCAGGUUAUGAGAUUGGCUGGUCCAGCAAGCAAGACUGAAAUCGAGCAAAACAUUCUCAAUAACAAAGUGAAAACGGUCACAGCUUAUUUUGGAGAGUUAAUGAGGGAUGACUGAAAUCCCUUUUUUUUCAGUGCAACAGAAGACUUGUCGUAUCUCUAAAAAGUACUUUAAAUGGUUAAAGACACUACGUCCUGCCAGUCAGCUGUUCAGAGUUACAAUAGGCUUUGCAAUGUGUUCAUCGUCGAGAAAAUUUUAAGAAUAAGCCCUACGUUGCCGAUUGGAUACUUAACAAUAGGUCUAUUGUGUAGUCCAACCAAUGGGAAAUUGAAAUAGCCAGCAAAAUUCAUCGGGACAUUUAAACUAAUGAAGCAGGUGUUUAUGUGAAACUGUGAAACUGUGAAAUUUUAUUGAAAGUCAGAGUAGAAAAUUAAGACUACAGUCUAGCUGUUUCUUGGCAUAUCCAUACAUUCAAGCAAAAAGACACAGUAAAUCGCAAUUCGAUUUAUUCUCUGCACAAACCCAGUGCGUUGUUGUCCCGGAAACUAAGAAAACGCUUAAAGAAAUGUCUACGAUUUUGAAACCUCCGUCCCUAAACUCUGCAGCUAUACAGUCUAUUGAAGAUUUAAAAUCAAAAGCUGUUCCCACUCUGCCGUUUUUUGAAUUCAUCCGUCAGUCUUAAAUGUCAUCCCAUUUAUGCUAAUGUAUUUAGAUUAUGCAAAUGUAGAUAAUGACAUGUGAUUUGUAUGAGCUUCGGUAUCUUCUUCAAUUGGAAUAAUUCUGCUUUCUUAAUCAUUUUAUUUUCGAAUUUAAGCUUCGCUCAUCAUUUAGCCAAAAUAGAAUUUAAAUAAAAUAAUUGAGAGGUUUUUGUCCUUAAUCAAACAUGGUUGUGCAAUACCCAGUAAGCAAAGCUUUUAAAACGCAACCGCUAAUGCAAUGAUUCUAAUUUGGCUGUUGAGAGCUGAUUGGAAAAGCAAAUCGCUAGAAAUAAGGAAACGCAGAUGUGAAACAAACCCAGUUUUAGAUGAAACUACAGUUCAGUAUAGACUGCCUGUUGAUUUGAGAUUGCAUCUUUCAUCAUAAAUUCUUCAUACGAAUUUUUGUUUUUGCACAUUUGCAAAGAGACACCAAAAGGGAUGUCCUUUUUGUUAAAUAUAUGUAAAACAGUUUGUUGUCUCAUUUUGUUGAAAUUACUGUUGAAAAUGUUUAGAUUUUUUAUUCUAUUGUAUAAUGAGAGCUUUAAAAGUUCUCCGUUGUUGCCUUUUUCGCAGGGACGGAUUAAGGUCGGUGCUAUUGGUGCUGCAGGAUUAGGCCCAUUCCUGAAAAAGGCUCGUUUGAAAACGGACAAGAAUUUUCCUGAAACUGAAUAAAUCCAAUAAAAGGCUCUUAACUAUAGCAUCAGGCCCAGUUCUGGCUUAAUCCGCCACUGCCUUUUUGUAAAUUUUUUCAUCAACAAUUUAAUGUUCACGAAAAUCUCCGGAAAAAUAACUUUGAAUUUAGAAGUAGAACCCGAAUUUUGAUUUGUGUGGAUAGAACAUGUAUCCAUAAUGUUAAAUUGCUGAUAUUUUAGCUCGAAAAAAAUUGAAAAUAUUUUAUUUCGUUCGCUUUUUCCAAUGAAAAAACCAAGAAGCGAAUUUCUGAUUUCUGAUAAUCAUUUUUUACUAUUUCUCACACGUUGCUUUUCUCAAUGGGCUAAUCUAAGCCUGCAUUCUGGCGUAAUUGGUAAUUUAUUAAAGAAAUGCUGAAUCAUAGGCUACAUUUAUCCAUUGAUAACGAGGUCCUUUUCUAAAACCUGUAGCUCAGUAUGUUAGAUCUAACACAGUUAUGUAGAAAAUGCUUCCAGGGAUUUUCCUAUCAAACUCUGUAGUUUUGUGAGCAGAAUAAGUUUUUUCGGCAGUUUUCGGUAACCUGAUCCCACUUGAUGUGAAGUCAUCAUCUACUUCAAAUUAUUAGAAACAAAUUUCUUGAGCACUCAAAUCAUUCAUCAUUUCAUUAUUCAUCAUCAAAUCGUUGCCUGGGUCUUAUCACUCAGGCUCAAUAAGUUGACAACAUUUCAGAAGCCGGCACUUUACAUGAUAAAAUAAACGUUCGGUUGUACAAAAACACCUUUAAUGAAAGCUUUUGAAUCUUCUUUAAUCGGUUUGGUCUUAAGAUUAACUGAAAUUAACAUUGUAUAAACAGGAUUUCAAGAGAAGGAAAUUAAACAAAAUUUUGAAAUUGCUAUUACCUUGUAUCCAUUCUUGACAGGAUUGUGUCAUGAAUAAAUUACGAAUGGAAUAGGACUGACUGCAAGUGCAAAAUCUGCUCUCAAGCUUUCUGUUUUGUUCACUUUCAAUUUCAAAAACGAGCAAAGUUGCAUGUUCAUCUCAAGUAUGAAGAAUCUCCUACGAAAAAAUUGCUUAGAUUAGAAAAUGCUGUGACUAUAUACGGACCUGCAAUAUCAUAAUUGAGACUAGAACCAUUUUUCAUUGGAUUCUUCUUAGAAAGGGUCGACUUAAAAGUAGAGAGGCUUUGACCUCAAAAUCUUCUAGUAUCAAAUUUGGUCCCUCUGAACAGGUACCGCGCAGUCAUUGGGCUAGCAGGGGCUAUAGCCUCCCCCACUUUUUUGCAAUUAAACUUCAGACAAUUUUUAGAAAGUUUUCUCUAAUGCAACUUCAUUAGUAGUAGCAGUUCGACUUAACUAGAACCCUUUUUUGUUCAUUUUCUCGAUGUUUUAUCUUGUUAAACCACUCAUAUAGUAAUUGACAUCUUCUUUGAAUUGGACUGUUUAUAAAAAAUAGAUAGAGAGAAACAAGCAUUUUCUAAAGGGGCGUUUUCCGAUGUUUUAAAAGGUGUGGCCUCAAAACUUCUCGGUCACGCCCUUUCACCCAACCCACUUUUAGAAUGGUGCGCGGUGUCUGCCUCUGAAUAGAGCAUUUGGAAAACAGGAACGAUGGCAAAGGUAAAAUAACUCAGAUGGGGGGAGGUAUAAGACACGAGUCUUAUCGUCUUAACUAACAGAAAAUUUUGCAAUUAAUGUCAAGGAAAAAGACGAAGCGAACAUUUUCAGCAAGAAUACGAUGGCACUACGUCAUAAAACAGAUGGGUGAAUUUACGGCACUACAAGAGCACUACAGCGUAAUUAAAAUACGGUUAUUAUGUGUGAGAGGAAAAGGAACGGAAUAUCUUUGAUUAAUGAAUACCAUUAACAGUUUAUUUCAUCAAAACAGAUAUCGCAUGAACAAUAAAAAUAUUACCUUGUAAAUGUAGUUUUUAUCAAAGGGAACAAGUUUUAGAAAACAUUGAAGUUUUGGAAGACAAUUAUCCCGAAUGGAGACAGUAGCGGAUUUAAGGGGGGCAGUUGCCCCUCCCUACUAUAGGCAGUUGCCCCUCCCUCGACCAGUUGAAGCUAGUCUAGCGCCCCUUUUCCGGAAAUUGUGCUUCCGUUUUGAAGAAUAAGAAUCAGGUGAAAAAGUUUCUGAGACCGAUGGGUUAAUUUGCUUCAAGGAUUACCUCAAAGUAAUGUUGUUUAUUCCAAAAAUGGAUCUGAAAUUGUUGUAUACAGCGUACUCUCGUCACUAAUUUUUUGAAAUUUUUCAGUGCCCCCACUACAAAUAGCCCCUCUUUCAAGUUUGCUCUGAAUCCGACCCUGGGAAUAUGGCAAAAUUGUAGCAACAGAUGUUCGGAACUUUUAAUGAAGGCUCAAAGUUUUAAAGUUUAAAAUAAAGUGCUAAUUUUGUUUAGUUUACUUAUGUAAUCUGCUUAAAUUCAAUUUGCUUUAUCAUAAUGACAAAUGGUUUUUUUGCGAGUAGAAUACAAAUGGAGGGAGAUUUACAUUCUUUUCAAUAUGUUUAGUGCUGAUAGCAGCAUUAUAAAGGAUGGAAAAAAAGUAUUUCUCAUAUAGAUAAAAGAAAUUAUAAAGAUUGUGAAAAACCAAGCUUUUAAAACUUCACCUUCAAGAUUCAGUCUCAUAAGCCUUAUUUCAGGAGACUGUAUACCUCACGGUAUACCAACACUAAUUUCCUUUCUUUCUCCAAUCUUUCAAGAAUUUUUCAGUUAUUUUAGAAAUAACAAAGUAGUUAUUUAUCAAACUUUAUUGGUUUUUAUUGAUUGCGAAAUUCAGACCAUGAAUAACCCAUAAAAGGCAACCUUACGCUAUCCAUAUGUUUCUUGUGUAGGGUUUAUAAAAACUAGAUUAAGGCUCGCAAAGGCUUCCCAAAACAAUCAUACACUUUUUUUCUACAUUUUAAUCGAGAUUCCUUCAGUGUUUUUAGCUCUUUUAGGUCACUUAACCACUGACCAGAAGUCUUGUGCCUCGUCCUAUAGUCUUACAGUUCAAAUCCUCGCAAAGCCUACGGUUAAUAUCAAUUUAAAUUUACAUUACGGUAUUGUAACGUAGUACAAGAUGUUUUCAUAUAUAACUGGAACAGCGUAGUGUCAGCCCAGGGUAGUCUGGUAUUCUGAAUGUAUGGUGGCUAACGAACUGCAAGGGCCUGUUUGAGGGUGUGAUCUAACCCCUGAAUGAACAGCAACAACAGGUUUAUACUUUUGAUUGAUAGCAAGCUAUAAGGGAACUGGUGCACUGGUAUUUUUUGCACUUUAUUUCUUGAUCAUGUACUGAAUACCGAUGCACUCAUUUUAGCACUCUCACUGUAUCUUUUGUAAUUCAAAUAUCUGUGCACUUUGCUAAUCAGAACUUUUAACAGCACUUCUGAUUCAGUUUGAUUACCAACACUGUGUAGCGUAGGAGUGAUAUUCUCAACAUUUGAAAGGUGUUGCCGAAGAGCCAGAUCGAAGUACAGAGAAAAGUCGUUUUGGACAAACAUAUGCAAAGUAUUCGAAGGCAUAAUGCACAAUCGGUUGAUUUGAUUAAGUGACGAAGAACAUUUGGUGGAGGAAGCUCUGAGUGAGUUUCGUGAAGAAAGAUCUGCAAACUAGAUAUGCAAACUGAAUACAUUCCUGUACUUUGAGCGUAUAUUGAUUGUCUAAUGUAAGCUUCAGAGAUUUUUACUAUGUUAAAUGUUUGCCACAAGUACUUAGAGCACCCAACAAUUUGCACUGUGUUUCGAUACAUUUCACGAAAACUUCUACUUCCGCCCCCCCCCAAAUAGUGUUGAUAGUUUAGACAAAUAUUUUUGUCAACAUUGUUCAAGAGGAGGGGGGAUGGCAGGAUUUUGUCUUGUAGACUGACGAUUGUGUGCCAAUACUUUCGGCAGCAACUUAGAUUUUUAGAAUACAUUCGACAUGGUUAUUCUGAAAAUUAAUUAGGCAUAGAAUGAUCAAUUCCAUUAAUCGUGUGCCAUACUACAAAACUACGUCAGGAAACUGUGACAUUGAGAUGCAAGACAGGGGUGAGGCAAGGAUGUAUCUUAGGCCUGCAAUUACUUAUUUUGUCUAAUAAACGAGACUAAACUGCUUCAAAAAUAGCUAAAUCUGGUGCAGUUCUGUUCAAUGGUUUUAUAUAGUAAUGUAUUGUUAUGAUAUGGUAUUGUUUGGUGACUCAGUAUGCAACAAGUGGAAACAUUUAUGUGGUAAAUGGAAAAGAGAGAAAAUUUAGCUAAGAUCAGAAUCGUUGCUUCAAAAAUUUAAGAGACGUUGCCAACAGCAAAGGGUUGCUUAUGUGAAAACAUUAAUAGGGCAACUAGGUAGAAUAGAUGCACAUAUUUGUUUUUUCGUCCCAAAAGUUUGGUGCAAGGCUAGCCCAAAAACGCGCAUCUGGGAGAGAAUUUGCGGUCUUGAAUGAAAAAUUAACAACGGAAGUAUAUAGCCUGUCAUCAGCUGAAAGAUACUCUACCAACUUUUCACUUUACUCCCUAGCUGAACAUUGUAAAAGAUUCUUACUAAAAGAAGAUAAUAUUUGAUUGAUUGUUCAAUGUUUUUGGAACUUUUAUGGAUGUAUCAGGUGAAAGAAAGAAUAAAAUUAAUUAGAAGUUAUAUUAUCAAAAUUCAUAUUCUCAAACUUCCGUGGAAAUGUCCCAUAACUUUUUAUCUUGCUUUCCUACGAUAAACCAACUUUCUUCAGAAGGAGGCUGAUGCAAAUUCAUUACGCACUCUUGGAACAUUGCUUAUGAUCCGCUAAACAGUGUCACAUCCAUUGGACACGGUAUAUUUGUAAUUUCAUGGUCAUCAGCAUGUAACUACAACAACUUUGGUACUAAGGGCUUCGAACUGAGCCUCAUUCUCCUCCCUCAUUCCAUAUCUUCAAUUUCAGCGCUUUGGCAUUGAAGAGUCUAAGCGAAUGAAACUUUAAAUUCUUGAAUGGACUUAAUCAUUCCUUUACACUAGCGCUAGCCUUGUAACAACAUUCGAUACAGAAUUGAAGAAGCAAAGAUUUGAAGAUUCCCCAUCGGUUCCUCCUUCUGGCCUUGGAUGCUCUGCAUCUAUUAGAAGCUAUUAAUUGAAGUAUGAUAACGCAAGGACUCUAACGCAAGGACUC